CCUGAGUGCCAAGUUUUGAGGGAUAAAUAGCAGUGGUAGAAGACCCUGGAUUCUACUGACUUGCCUAGAUCCCUAGGACAAGCAUGAAGGCCAUCCUCUUCCUUGCCCUUCUGGGGGUUGCUGUUGCUUACCCCACUGGAGAUGAUGAUGAUGACAAGAUUGUUGGAGGCUACACAUGUGAAGCUUACUCCCUCCCCUACCAAGUGUCCCUGAAUUCUGGCUACCAUUUCUGUGGUGGUGCUCUCAUCAAUGAACAGUGGGUGGUGUCAGCUGCUCAUUGCUACAAGUCCCGAAUCCAGGUGAGACUGGGAGAACACAACAUUGAGGUCCUUGAAGGAAAUGAGCAAUUCAUUUCAUCAGCUAAAGUGAUCCGCCAUCCUAAGUAUAACUCUGCCACAGUUGACAAUGACAUCAUGCUGAUUAAGCUGAACAAACCUGCCACCCUCAGCUCUCGAGUGUCCACCAUCUCCCUGCCCACAUCCUGUGCUGCUGUUGGCACCUCAUGUCUCAUCUCUGGCUGGGGCAACACUGCCAGUUCUGGUGCUGACUACCCAGAUCUGCUCCAGUGUCUGGAUGCCCCUGUGCUUUCUGACAGCACCUGCCGCAGCGCCUACCCUGGACAGAUUACCAGCAACAUGAUCUGCUUGGGUUAUCUGGAGGGUGGAAAGGAUUCCUGCCAGGGUGAUUCUGGUGGUCCUGUGGUCUGCAAUGGACAACUCCAAGGCAUUGUCUCCUGGGGUUAUGGCUGUGCCCAGAAAGGCAAACCUGGUGUCUACACCAAGGUCUGCAACUAUGUGGAUUGGAUUAAGCAGACCAUUGCAGCCAACUGAGCUGCUUCUUCCAGGGCCCAUUGUCUCUGAUCUAAUCCUUUGGCAACUACAAAAGAUAUAGAGCAAUUCAUCUACUGACCAUAAGUGGAGAAACUGGCUCUAAAUAAAGAAUUUUGACCUGUAUCUUGUCUCAUUCAA